GCUGGAGAGUAAUGUUACAGAGCGGAGAGAGUGAGGAGGCUGCGUCUGGCUCCCGCUCUCACAGCCAUUGCAGUACAUUGAGCUCCAUAGAGACAGCGCCGGGGCAAGUGAGAGCCGGACGGGCACUGGGCGACUCUGUGCCUCGCUGAGGAAAAAUAAUUAAACAUGGGCAAAGGAGAUCCUAAGAAGCCGAGAGGCAAAAUGUCAUCAUAUGCAUUCUUUGUGCAAACUUGCCGGGAGGAGCAUAAGAAGAAGCACCCAGAUGCUUCAGUCAACUUCUCAGAGUUUUCUAAGAAGUGCUCAGAAAGGUGGAAGACCAUGUCUGCUAAAGAGAAAGGAAAAUUUGAAGACAUGGCAAAGGCGGACAAGGCCCGUUAUGAAAGAGAAAUGAAAACUUACAUACCUCCUAAAGGGGAGACAAAAAAGAAGUUCAAGGAUCCCAAUGCACCCAAGAGGCCUCCUUCGGCCUUUUUCUUGUUUUGUUCUGAGUAUCGUCCAAAAAUCAAAGGAGAGCAUCCUGGCCUAUCCAUUGGUGAUGUUGCAAAGAAACUGGGAGAGAUGUGGAAUAACACCGCUGCAGAUGACAAGCAGCCUUAUGAAAAGAAGGCUGCUAAGCUGAAGGAGAAGUACGAAAAGGAUAUUGCUGCAUACCGAGCCAAAGGGAAGCCUGAUGCAGCAAAAAAGGGAGUCGUCAAGGCUGAGAAAAGCAAGAAAAAGAAGGAAGAGGAGGAAGAUGAGGAAGACGAAGAGGAUGAGGAGGAGGAGGAGGACGAAGAGGAUGAGGAGGAGGAGGAAGAUGAUGAUGAUGAAUAAGUUGGUUCUAGCGCAGUUUUUUUUUCUUGUCUAUAAAGCAUUUAACCCCCCUGUACACAACUCACUCCUUUUAAAGAAAAAAAAUUGAAAUGUAAGGCUGUGUAAGAUUUGUUUUUAAACUGUACAGUGUCUUUUUUUGUAUAGUUAACACACUACCGAAUGUGUCUUUAGAUAGCCCUGUCCUGGUGGUAUUUUCAAUAGCCACUAACCUUGCCUGGUACAGUAUGGGGGUUGUAAAUUGGCAUGGAAAUUUAAAGCAGGUUCUUGUUGGUGCACAGCACAAAUUAGUUAUAUAUGGGGUUGGUAGUUUUUUCAUCUUCAGUUGUCUCUGAUGCAGCUUAUACGAAAUAAUUGUUGUUCUGUUAACUGAAUACCACUCUGUAAUUGCAAAAAAAAGAAAAAAAGUUGCAGCUGUUUUGUUGACAUUCUGAAUGCUUCUAAGUAAAUACAAUUUUUUUUAUUA